UGACACGUCUUCUCAUUUACACACUCAUGUGGAUUUGGAUUGAUUGUAAUGAAUUUAUAAAAUUAUUAAAUGUAUUAAUUUAAAGGAUGGGUGGCCAAAAAUUUGAAUAUGAUGAGAGCGGAUCUACGUUUUUUUAUUUUGUCCUCUCAUUCCUGGCUUUAAUAUUAGUGCCAGCAACAUUUUACUAUUGGCCGCGGAAAAGGAAAGAAGAUCCUGCAAAGAAAGCAGAACUAUGUCAAUGUCCAAAUUGUGUCAAGAAACAGUUAAUCAUAGAACAAUCUCAACCUUAUAAGGGUGUAAAGAACUUUUUCAUUAAAGUAGCAAUUGUGUCAGGAUGGGUGCUCCUUGGAUUCCUUGCGUACAAAGUGUCACAGUUUGAUUAUGAGAUGUCCAACUUUGAUCCUUAUGACAUUCUGGGGCUUCCUCCUGGUGCUUCUCAGGCCGAGAUAAAGAAAUCUUACAGGAAGCAAUCUUUGAUUCUUCACCCUGACAAGGAAACUGGUGAUGAGAAAGCUUUCAUGAAAUUGACCAAGGCUUAUCAGGCUCUCACUGAUGAAGAAGCGAGGAGGAACUGGGAGAAAUAUGGCAAUCCUGAUGGCCCAGGAGCUAUGAGCUUUGGUAUUGCCCUACCAAGCUGGAUUGUAGAAAAAGAGAACAGUGUUUGGGUGCUGGGUCUUUAUGCUUUAGUUUUUAUGGUUGCACUACCCACAGCUGUGGGAACAUGGUGGUAUAGAUCAAUACGCUUUUCUGGAGAGCAAGUACUUCUGGACACAACACAAAUGUACUUUUACUUUUGUCACAAAACUCCUUCAAUGCCGCUAAAGAGGGCGCUUAUGAUACUUGCAGCUUCUUGCGAAUUCGACAAAAGACAUAACUCUGAAAUUGUUGAGAGGGUCACAGACAAUGAAGAAGUACCUUCGCUGUUGCGCGAGCUGCCGAACCUGGGCGAGAAGAACAAGGAGCAGCCGCUGUGCCGGCCGUACAGCAUCAAGGCGCGCGCGCUGCUGCACGCGCACUUGUCGCGGCUGCGGCUGCCCGAGCGCACGCUGGAGCCCGACCGCCGCUACGUGGUGUCCCGCUGCCCCGACCUCAUCGUCGAGAUGGUCAACUGCGUCAACCAGCUCAUUGCACUCGCUUAUGCCAGGAGAAUACCUCGUCUGCCUACUAUCGAAACCAUUGAAAACUGUAUGAAACUAUCGCCAAUGAUAGUCCAAGGGCUGUGGGAGUACAAAUCACCUCUACUACAACUCCCCUACAUCACUGAAGAUCAUCUCAAAUACUUCACAAAUCGCAAGAAACACAUAAAAUCCUUAUUACAACUAGCACAGUUACCUGGCGAGGAGAGGAGACAAGUAUUGAGGUUCCUAAACGAUAAACAAUAUGAAGACGUGAUGAAAGUUUUAGGGAAUAUGCCUUACAUUCAUUUCCAAGUCAAUACCGAAGUUAUUGACGACGAAAACUCAACAGUAGUGACAGCGGGCGCAAUCGUCACUGUUACGGUGUUCCUGAGAAGAACCAAUAUGAAGGAGCUGUUUGGCGAUACUACAAUCAAAGAAAAACAAAUCAAAGAAAACGAAGAAGGCGCCGGCGAGAACGGGGAGAAGAAUGACAACGACAAGAAGGAGGUGUUUAAGAGACCCGUGUGGAUGAAACAGAGCAAAAAGCCGGCUUCGAAGAAAAGUAAAAAGCCGGCGCCGGUGAAGCAGCAACCCAAACCAGCGCCCCCCGCCACCCCGCCGCCGCCCGUCAGCGACAAUAAGGAAAAUAAAAGAACUAAGGAGCCAAAGAAGAAGGAUGAUGAAGGCGAGGAAUCCGACGACGGUAGUUCAGACGAGUCUGGGUCGCGGAGCUCGGGGUCGGAGGACGAGUCGCGGGACAAGUCCACCGCAGGCGAGGACGACGACGACGACCAGUGGGACAAGUUCCAGAAGAGGCUUCAGAAGAGGGAGCGGCUCGAAGGUCGCUCGAAGAGUUCUCAUCCCGUGCACUGCCCGUAUUUCCCGCAGGAGAAGCAAGAGUUCUGGUGGUGCUAUAUUUGCGACCGCAAGUCGCACACGCUGCUGACGGCGCCUGCGCACUGCACGGCGCUGGUGGACACCCACGAGCUGCAGCUGCGCUUCACGGCGCCGCGCUGGCCGGGGCUUUUCACCCUGGCCUGCUGUCUACGGUCUGAUUCGUACAUCGGCAUGGACCAGCAGCAGGACAUGAAGCUGGACGUGAAGGAGGCGGCCGCCGUACCCGCCGAGCAUCCGCAGUGGGACCUUAGCGACUCUGACGAGGAGAAUAACGAUCAGGGUGGCAAUGAAAGUGAAUUCACGACAGACGACGAGGUCGAGGAGGAGUAGCCGAAGAUACCUAAGUUAUUUUUUUAUAGUUUAUCAUGUCAUGUGGUGUAUUGUAUGAAGUAUUUUUGUUGUAUAUCAGAGAGAGAAUGAAUAUAAUAUUUUAUAUUCCA